CCUUCAUGAGUGGAAUAGUUAAAAAAAUAGUUUGAACGCUUAGUGGAACGCACCUAUAGUGAUAAUAUUGCAAACAAAACCUCAAAACUUACUAACGAAAAAGAAUGAAAAUAUAAUUUGAAUAAGAUACAAUUAAACGCAAUAUAAUUUUUCAUCAUGUCUGUUUCAAAUGUUUCACAAAAAGCGUUGCAUUUGCUAAAAGGUUUACCAAGAGUUAAUUUAGGAAACAUACGAGAUAACCCUGGUUCUAAAAAGAAUACUAAACGAGGCCGGGCCCAGCAUGGAGGUGAUAAACAUGGGGCAGGAAAUAAAGGAUCAGGACAACGACAAAAUUAUAUGCGAUUAGGAUAUGAGACUGGAAAUCAUCCCUUUUAUUUAAGAUUCUCAUACGAAAAUUAUUACAAAGGACAUCAUUUAAGAAGACAAUAUCCUCCAAUUACAAUGCAUCAAUUACAAACACUUAUCGAUACGAAUAGAAUUGAUACUUCAAGACCGAUCGAUCUUUGUUCGCUAAUGGGAACUGGCUUAUUUAAUUUACAUCCAGAUCAACAUCAUUUUGGAUUCAAUUUAACAUCAGAAGGAGCUGAUAACUUCAAGGCAAAAAUUAAUAUUGAAGUUCAGUAUACGGACGAUUUAUCGAUUGCAGCUAUAGAACGAAAUGGCGGAUCUAUCACCACAGCUUAUUAUGAUGUUCAUAGUUUAUUUUGUAUGUUAAAUCCACAAAAAUUCUUCGAAAAAGGUGUUCCAAUACCUAGACGAAUGAUACCACCGCAAGACGCUAUAGAAUAUUACACUGAUCCUGAAAAACGUGGUUACUUAGCAGAUCCAGAUAAGAUUUCUCAAGAACGAUAUACUCUUUCACAAAAAUUUGGAUAUACUUUGCCAAAAAUUGAAAACGAUCCCGACUAUGAAAUGUUAAUACAACGAAAAGAUCCACGUCAGAUUUUUUAUGGAUUACAACCUGGAUGGGUGGUCAGUUUACGAGAUAAAGUAAUUUUAAAAUCUAAAGCUCCACAUUUGGAAUCGUACUAUGCAAAUUAGUUUUGUUUUGUUAAAUGUUAUUGUAAUUUUAUGUAA